GCGAGCGAGCGAGCGGCAUGGCCCUGCGUGCGUCUCCGUUCUCCAGCGGGUGUGUGUCGGGGCUGCACGCCGCCGGCUGGGCGCUGGUGUUCCCGUGCUUCUGGUUCCUGGACCGGCUGAUGGCGGGCUGCAAGUCGACCACGCGUGAGCGGGCGGCGCGGCGGGACCAGGAGUGCUACCUGCACCCACUCCGCGUGCUCUUCGGCUCGCUCCUCUUCCUCACGCUCUUCCUGCUGUGGGCUCCGCUGGCGCUGCUGGGCUUCCUGCUGUGGGCUCCGCUGCAGGCCGCGCGCAGGCCCUUCCGCUACCACCACCAGGGGGCGCCGUCGCCGCCCACCCUGCCCGUGGACGAGCGCAACGCCGACUGGCUCCGCACGGGGCGCCUCUCCUUUGGCUUCGCUACGGCCAACCUGUGCCUGCUGCCCGACAGCCUGGCGCGCUUCAACAACCUGGGCGACACGCAGCGGCGCGCGGCGGCCAUCGGGGGCAGCAUCGUGCAGGGCGUCACGCGCCCCCACAUCCGCAUCUUCGUGGACUCGCCGAGCAGCUGCGGCACGCUCAGCCCCUCCAGCAGCCUCCUGGCCUCCUCCAGCGCACCCGCGCCCUCGUACGGCGCCAUGGAAACACAGGCCCCGCCCAGCGCUGAUGACACGCCCUCCGAGGAGGAGGAGGCGGCCCAGGAGAACGCCACGCCCACACACAGCAGCAGCUCUGUCACCGUGGUGCCGCCGUGCGACGAUCCCGUUGCCAAUAGCAACCAGAACUCCAGCCAGCAGCCGGACGGCGUGGUCGUCGUGGGGGGGGCGGGGGGGAAGCGGCGUAACCCCCCCCGCGCUCUGGGGGCGCUGGGCCGGUCGGGGGCGGACGUGCCGGUGGAGGUGUCGGCCAUGUUCCCCCCGGGGGUGGAUCUGCUGUGCCUGGAGGAGGUGUUCGACCAGCGGGCGGGGGCGCGGCUGAGGGACUCUCUGGCGCCCCUGUUUGGCCACGUGCUGUAUGACGUGGGCGUGUACGCCUGCCACCCCCCCUGCUGUUGCUCCUCCUUUAAGUUCUUCAACAGCGGCCUCUUCGUGGCCAGCCGGCUCCCCCUGCUGGAGGCUCAGUAUCACUGCUUCCCAAACGCGCGCGGAGAGGACGCGCUCGCCGCCAAAGGACUGCUGUGUGUCAAGGUGCUCAUCAAUCUUCAGGACCAAGGGAAUCAGAGGAUGGUGGGCUACUUCAACUGCACUCACCUUCAUGCUCCUGAAGGCGAUGGAGAUGUGCGCGUGGAGCAGCUGAAUCUGGUCUCCCGGUGGAUUGAUGAGUUCCAGGAGGUUCACGCUGAGGAGGGCGAGAUAGUGAUGUUUGAUGUGCUGUGUGGGGAUUUCAACUUCGACAACUGUUCUCCAGAUGACGUGCGGGAGCAGAAUCACAGUCUGUUUGAUCAGUACUGUGACCCCUGCAGAGCUGCCGCGGGUCGGGAGAAACCCUGGGUCAUCGGCACGCUCCUUGAACAGCCCACUCUCUAUGAUGAGGAGGUGAGGACCCCAGACAGCCUCCAGAGGACGCUGGAACAAGAGGCGCUGAGGAAGCAGUACCUCAGUCCCCCUGUGGCGCGGGGGGGGGCUCCUGUCUCCUGCCCCGAGGGGGGGGGGCCAUGGACCGGCCGUCGCCUCGACUACGUGCUCUACAGAGAGAGCACCACCGCCAAGAACACACGCACGGAGGUGGAGGAGUUCACCUAUGUGACUCAGCUGGCGGGCCUGACGGACCACAUCCCAGUGGGGCUCAGACUGACCGUCACGCUGCCCCCAAAAGAGUCCUGAUCCUGGGGCACCUGUUGGGAAGAAGCGAGGAGAGACUCCAGUCUAAUCCAGAUCACUGCCAUCUUAACAAACAGCCUUGGAUCGAAAAAAAACUCCGCUUGGGGCCGAACUACCUAUGCAACAGGCUCUCCUACGCCGAGACCAGGAACCCACCACCUGAUGACCUGACGACAAACAAAACAAAAAAAGGGCCAAAAACAAAAACCACAGUUUACGUAGUGUGAGAGGAAUGAGGGACAGGGACCCAAACUUUACAGACAGAUAUCUGAUUUUACAGACAGAUCUCUGACUUUAUAGACACACUCUGACUUCCUGCCAGUGGUUGAGGGGCCAGUAAUACCGAUCUCAAUGAUUCUAUGUUUAUAUUCUGGGUUUUUUAGGUUUUGCACGAAAUGGUCUUGUAAAUAAAUUUUGAUAUAA